AUCCAAUUAAUUAAAUGAUCAAGUCUUUCAGUUCACAACUAAAAGUCGUCUGGACGUGAAUUAAUUAAUAAACUCUGAUUUUUUUUUUAUAAUUUUUUUUUAAUUGGAAAUUGAAAAAAAAAUAUUCAAUUUCCACCUAUAUAUAGAAGUUAGAACAAUCCAUUCAUCAUUUUUAUUUCCCAAUAAAGCAAACAAAACAAAAAAGAAAAAAAAAAAAGAAAAUGAAGCCUCACGCCGUACUAAUCCCAUAUCCGGCACAGGGGCAUAUCGCCCCUGUUCUAAAACUGGCAAAACUGCUCCACGCCAGGGGCUUUUUCGUCACUUUCGUCAACACCGAAUUCAACCACAGCCGCCUCGUUCGGGCCAGAGGGCCCGAAUCCGUUUCCGGGCUUGAGGAUUUCCAGUUCAAAACCAUACCCGACGGCCUCCCCUUUUCCGACAAGGACUCGACACAGGACAUACCCCAGCUCUGCGAUUCGCUCCGCAAGAACGGUCUCCCGCCAUUUUUGGACCUCAUCAAGAACCUCAACGAGUCAACGGAAUGCCCGAAAGUCAGCUGCAUAGUUUCCGAUGGGGUUAUGAGCUUCACCCUCGACGCUGCCGAACAGCUCGGAAUUCCUGAGGUUGUCUUCUUCACCACCAGCGCUUGUGGCUUCAUGGGUUAUUGCAACUAUGGCGAGCUCGUGACACGUGGACUAUUUCCACUUAAAGACGAAAGCCAAAUUACGAAUGGAUUUCUCGACACCGUGCUGGAUUGGGUUCCGGGGAUGAAGAAAAUCCGGCUGAGGGAUUUUCCGAGCUUCGUCCGGACGACGGACCCCGAAGACAUCAUGGUCAACUACAACAUCCUGCAGACGAAGAACGCGACGAGGGCGAAAGCAGUAAUAAUCAACACGUUCGACGAACUGGAGGCGGAGGUUCUGGACGCACUCAGGGAAAAGUUCGACACGGUCGCCACCAUCGGGCCGCUCCAGCUUCUCGAGCAGCACGAGGUCGAGAAGCCCGAGAUCAAAUCGAUCGGGUCGAGCCUCUGGAAGGAGGACGACGCAUGCAUUGCAUGGCUGAACAAGCGCGCCCCGAACUCGGUGCUCUACGUGAACUUCGGCAGCAUCACGGUGUUGUCGCCCCAGCAGCUGCUGGAGUUCGCGUGGGGCCUAGCCAAUAGCGGCCAAUACUUUUUAUGGAUCAUUAGGCCCGAUUUGGUCAGUGGGGAUUCGGCCGUCCUUCCUGAGGAGUACUCAGAGGAGGUUUCGGGCCGGGCCCACAUGGUGGGGUGGUGCAACCAGGAGCAGGUCCUGGCCCACCCCUCAGUGGGCGGGUUCUUGACCCACUCCGGGUGGAACUCGACCGUCGAGGGGAUAUCGGAGGGAAAGCCGAUGAUAUGUUGGCCGUUUUUUGCGGAGCAACAGACGAAUUGUCGAUACGCGUGCACUGAUUGGGGAACAGGGUUAGAGAUCGAGGGGGAGGUGGAGAGAGAGAAAGUUGCGAAUUUGGUUAGGGUUUUGAUGGAGGGAGAGAAAGGGAAAGAGAUGAGGAAGAAUGCAUUGGAGUGGAAAGAGAAGGCUCAAUUGGCUGCUAAGCCAGGUGGAUCUUCUUACAAGAAUUUGGAGUUCUUGAUCAAUGAGAUUCUUCUCAAGAACUAAAGUUUUAAUUUGAUUUCUAAAUUAAUUUGGUUCUUGCAUAAAAUUUUUCUAUGUGUGUGUUGAUUUCCACUUCUUUUGCACCAUGUUGAUGAUUAUGUUUUUUUUUUCAAAGGCAUUUGUACUUAGAAGAAAUAAUUAAAUACUCCCUCCUCAUUUUAUUUU